ACUGAAGCAAUUCGCAUCAUUUACGCACUGUAGUCUUUGCACUUUACUCUUUAAUCCCGUGGCCAGAACGGAGAUUUGCAGAAUUCUUGAUUUUCCCUGCUUCUCACCCCAAUAACCCUGUCCAUCCAACGCAACUUUCUUUAAAGCUAAUUUCUAGGUUUUGAGAUCAAGACAACCAUUAGACCAUUGAAAUGGAUAAUCAGAUCAUGCUUGAAAGAAGUGCACCUGUUGAUGAUUUCAACAGCGUUGCCCCAGAACCAGGGUUCAUUAAAAUUGACAUUUCUGAUGGAAUAUCAUCUUGUGGAGAGGUGACUGAAGGACUAGGUAGGGUUGGCAAGCUUCUAACAAGAGUGGAAUCAGAUUUAGCAUGUUCUUCACAGAAGUUGGUUAACUUAAGUAUACUUACAAUGCAUGUGGCAACCAGGGAAGGUGACUUUGAAUCCUUUACUUCAGAAAAUAAUUCUGUGCUGAUUGAUUCUGCUGAGAAGGCUCUGGAGUUUGAUCUGUUAACUGGAAUUUUAGAUUCAGAGGUGAAAGAACUGGAUAAGAUCAUUUGUAAUCUUCAAACAGAUAUGAUCAAUGCUCAUGAGAUGAUAUCUUCAUUUAGACACUUAGGAAAAACUUCUUUGGAAGUGGAGAGAAAGUUACAUGAAUCUGAAGAAUCAUUGAAAAAAUCACAGGAUCAAGUCUCAGAAAUUAAGGUGCAGUGUGCUAAGUUUCAGAGGGCUUUGUCAUGUCUUGAUGGAAACAAGAAUUGGAUUGGUGACCAAGGCUUGGAUUUAGCAGAAGAUGUUAGUGCAAAGAUAAGAAUGCAAACUGCUGAAGAGCAGCGGCAAAAUUUGAGGAUGCUAGAGAAAUCUUUGGCCAGAGAAAUGGAUCUAGAAAAAAAGUUAACAGAAUCAAGGCAAAUGGAGGAGGAGUUGAAAUUAAGACUGAUCUCAUCAGAACAAGAACUUUUCUGCAUGGUAGAAGAAGUGACAGAUUUUUAUCAAAGGCACUUUGAGGCAGAGAAUGCUGCAGAGGUGUUGACAGGCAUUUCAAAGGAUCUGUUGAAUCGACAACAAAUGCUCCAAUUCUAUCUGAAUAAUUCAACCCAACGAGAAACAGAGCUAAGAUCAAAGCUCAGUGGUUCCAUAGAAAACUUGGAAGCCAAAGAAAGUGCACUGCAGAAGCUUGAAAGCAGCAAUGCAAGAAUCAAUGAUUCCCUUAAGGCUCAGAAUGACAGCUUAAAAACAAGUUUGACAGAAGCUGAAGAUAAGUUAUUUCUUGCCGACUUUGAGGUCUUCACUUUGGGAGAGAUUUUAAGUUCACUGGAGAAUCAACUGAAAGAAUCUGAGUCUAAGUUGCUGAAUGAACAAGUCCAAAGUGAUGAAAGUCAAGAGCAGCAUAAUGUCCUUUAUACUGAAAGCAAUGAACUGGAGAAUGUUGUGGAGGAUUUGAAGGAAAAAUUGUCUAAAGCUGAAAACAGAGCAGAGAGUGCGGAAGUCAAGUGUAAAUUGUUAAAUGAGACUAAUAUUGAACUUAAUGAAGAGUUGGGUCUUCUUAAAAAGAGUGGUAUUACCCCAGAAAAGCUGGAGGCUCUGGAGAAGCAGUUAAAGGAAUCUGAUAUUCAGUUACAUCAUGCAAUAGCUUCUAUUGAAGCAAGUCAGGAGAAACAAAGUAUGCUGUAUUUGACCAUUAAAGAUAUGGAAGAUUUAAUAGAGGAUCUUAAGUUGAAAGUUUCAAAAGCUGAAAGUCGAGCUGAAAAUGCAGAAGGGAAGUGCACUGUAUUAUCUGAAUCUAAUGCAGAGCUAAGUGAAGAAUUAAGCUUUUUGAGGGGUAGACUAGAGUGUUUGGAGGCAUCUUUGAAUCAAGCUGAGGAAAUGAAAAUGGCAACUGCAAAAGAUAUUAAUAUUCAUGCCAAAAUAAUCAGAAAUCUGCUUUCGCAACUGGCAGUAGAAAGAGAGCGCCUUCACCGGCAGAUAUCUGUGCUAGCUGUGGAGAAUAAAAUAUUGAUUGUGAAGUUGAAGAAAAUGGAUGAGAAUGCUUCUGCUGUUUUGAGCCAUGAAAACACAGUAAAUUGCAAAGAAUUUUUAUUUUCAAAACAAGAUCUAGUUGCUGCUCCUGCAAGAGGAAGUAACGAAGUAACUGCUGGCUCUGAGGUACUUGUUUGCUAAAUUAUUUUCGCAUCAGGUAUUGAAAGUAAAUAUUUUCCUCUGUUUUAUUGCCUUCCCCAUUAGGUACAAUUGUUUUCAAUGCCCUGCUAAUUGUGCCAUUGGUUGUUCCCCUUGCUCUCUUUAUAGUUACCAUUUUGUUGAUUUGAAUCACCAUUUAAUAGUAAUGGCUCCCUUCUUGUCUUAGAACCUCAAUUCUGUGCUGUGUUUGAGACACUUAGACUAUCCUAUUUCUCAUUUUCUUUUAUGUUAUUUUAUUUUUUUCCAGGUGAAGACACAGACAACUGCAUAUGUUGGUGAGACUGAAAUGAAUCCAGCAGAUAACGCAUCUGAGUUUGAGACUGUAAGAAGAAUGGAUGCAAGAUUGCUCAACUCUAAGCAUAUUUUCAUGGCAUUGGUUGUCUUGAUGAUUUCAUUCACGGCAUACUUUUUCUAUCAAAGCAACUGCCCAUUUGAAAGAAGAAACAUCUCUUCCUCCUUCCUGCCUGGCUGUCAUUGAUCUUGAUGAGCUUUUAAUGGACUCCCCUUUCUAUAGCAAAUGUGUUUGAAAUCACCAAGAAUGAUAUAUAGAGAUUUUUGUCAAUGAAUGAUGUCAGUUGCGAAAGGCCAAAUCACAUUCAUUUGUAUCAUCAUGAAGACCCUGACUGAUAGGUACCCCUGUGAGACUCCUGCAAAUAACAACCAACCAUCGCUAGAUCUCGAGCAGAAUUUUUGUUAUUCUAUUCUCUGUCCACUUAGCCGCCGCAUUAUUAUGCCCUUGUUUAGUUUUGCAGAAAAGUGAAGUGCAGUUCACCAUGCGCAAACUGUACCUUAACUAUUAAUAGAAAAAACUGUUUUGUAGUCCACCCUACAUUUUGUUAGUUUUGUUGAAAUGGUAAUAGUAAUGUCUAAAUGAUUUAUG